GCCGUUGAUGGAGAAGGGGGCGGAUGACAGCCGGGACGGUGGUGAUCACCGGGGGCAUCUUGGCGACUGUGAUCUUGCUCUGCAUCAUCGCGGUCCUGUGCUACUGCCGGCUCCAGUACUACUGCUGCAAGAAGGACGGGUCGGAGGAGGAGGAGGAGGAGCCGGACUUCGAGGUGCACUCACACCUGCCGCCGCUGCACUCCAACCGCAACCUGGUGCUGACCAACGGCCCCGCGCUGUACCCGGCCGCCUCCACCUCCUUCAGCCAGCGGUCCCCGCAGGCCCGUGCCCUCUGCCGCAGCUGCUCCCAGCGAGAGCCACCCGCCUUCUUCCUGCAAGAGCCGGAGGAGGAGGAGGAGGAGGAGGAGGAGGAGGAGGAGGAGGACGUGCUCAACGGUGGCGAGCGUGUGGUCUACAAGAGCCUCAGUCAGGAGGACGUGGGGCUGUCCCCUGGGGGCUUCGGGGGCCUGCAGGCGCUCAACCCCAACCGCCUGUCAGCCAUGCGGGAGGCCUUCUCCCGGAGCCGCAGCAUCAGCACCGAUGUGUGACCUGCGCCUGCCAUGCCUGGGUGCC